UUUACAUCUUUUAAUAUGGAAGAUGAUGCCCCAGAGACUCACUCAGGAACUAAAGAAGAGUCUAAAGAUAUUGCUGAAACACGGUUUGAUCUGAAGACAGAGCUGGUUAAAAGUCUGAUUUUGAAGUAUAACUUGGAUAGAGUUAAUUUGGAGGAUAUAAAUGUUGAUAAAGGAAAGCCCAUACCUAUUCACUACAACUCUAAUAAAAGCACCAAUCCUUAUUUAUUAAGUGAGGUCUUAAGAGUUUAUAACAUUUACCCUUCCUUUUUCAAACUUGUUGCUAAAUGUGAGAGUUUUAAAAGAUUGAGAAAAGCCUGAGACUUUUUGUGUAAACAUGGUCAUAAGCCUAACAUUGAAGAACUCAGGCUCGUAUCUUCCAAAGUUAAUACCUUAAAUUCUUGCUCUAGAUCUUUCUCGCGGAUCGUUCAGUUCGUGACCAACAUAAUAGAAUUUACAAAAUUCUUGAUUCCUAAAAAGGAUUUUGAAUCUCUCAUGUUCAGAUGAAGGCAUGUGUCCAGAAUCGAACUGUCUUCAUGAGCUAUUGAAGUCCAUGGGCUCAAGUUCAAAAGUUCCUGAGAAUACAAAACUGGAUGUGUAAUGAUGAACCAGAGCCAACUAUUCAAAGAUUACAAACCCUGAGAUGUCUGAGAAGGCUAUGAAUGUAUUGUUAAAGCCAUUUCUGACUGCUCACUUCAAAAGUCUUUACAUACAUUCUAUCUUAGAAAAUGAGGACCUGAAUGGAGGAAUGUUAUAGAUAUGUUUAAAAGAUAUGGCUGAAAAGGAAUCGAUGUUGCAUGAUCAGAGAAAUUCUAACUAAAUUGCUUUACCAGUUUGUCACAGAAAUACACAUAAAUAUGAUAAAUCUGACAUCUGUUCAAGUCUUUUUCAAUAACAUUC